GUUGGACCUGUCAAAGCCAAUGAUUUCAAAUUCUCAUACACUCAUUGCUUUUCGUGGAUCCAAAACCUCGAGGCUUGUGUCGCAUAUUCUAAAGCUUAAUGUGUUUGUGUCCUGAAAAAGCUUGUGGUUUUGCCUUAUAUUACUAGCUUAAGCAGCCAGCAGACUCAAAACCCAAGACAUUCCCCCACUUAAUGUUUCUUCUAACUUUAGUUGAUCUUGUCUUUCGGUUUAACAUAUAAAUAACCUUGUGUGUAUGUCUCUGUCUCAUUGAUUAACUCUCAUUUCAAUUGUUUCCAAAUCAUUCUAUCUCACUUUAUCCUUCACUCCUGGUCAGUCUUCCCUCUCCAAAUCAUCAUUCUGUAGCAUCAUUUCCUCACAGCAGUUUCCAUGGAGGUUGUUGAGUUAAAAGUGGAGAUGGUUUGCAUACAUGAAAAAAGACUAAGGAAAUGCCUCUCAAAAUUAAAAGGGAUAGAAAAAGUGGAAGUGGAUACUAAUUGCCAGAAAGUAGUAGUGACUGGAUACACACACAAGAACAAAAUCCUAAAAGCAGUUAGGAGAGGGGGUCUCAAAGCUGACUUCUGGUCUGCUCAGAAUGAGUUGCUCAAUGCUUAUGUCAGCUCCAAUUAUGCCAACUUUAGAUUCAACCCCUUCAACUUCUUCUAAAUUUGAUAUAUUCUUUUUCUUUUGGGGGGCUUUUUCUUUGGGAUUUAAUAUCUCAUGUUCUGUGUGGGAUGAUAGAUUUAUACGUUAGUUUGUAUUCUCAUUUCCAUAGAAAUCAUGACCAAUCGCAAUGUUCAGUGAAGAUAUUUUAGAGUGUAACAGAGACAUAUCCAACUAAGUUUUGAGGCCUCUAGA